GGGCUCGUAAGGCCUGACAGAAACUACAGAAGGCUAGGUCUUGGGACCGGACGGCCUGGCGGGACGAUGGACCGAAAGAAAAAGCCUUUGGACGUGACAGCCUCCUCGUUGAUAGAUCUUAAGGCUGAGCUCUUCCGAAAACAAGAAGAGUUCAAACAAGAAAAACUUCUAAAAGAUUCUGGAGUUUUUGCAAAACCAAAGACUACUAAUAAGAAGCCAAGUAUCUGGAACAAGCAAAAUGCAGGCGUUUCCAGCCGAGCAGAGAAGGAUGCUGAACAGAAGCUUGAGGAGCAGAAGACUUUAGACAAAGCAAGGGAAAAAUUGGAAGAAAAGGCCAAAUUAUAUGAAAAGAUGACUAAAGGAGAUUUUCUAGAUGAGGAAGUGGAGGACAUGUACCUUGUGGAUUUCACACAGAAGAUCAUAGACAAGCGGAAAGAAAUGGAGGUGCUUAGUGCCACUAGAGAUUCCCGAAACACAGAAGAGAGAGAUGAUGAUGAAGAAUUUUCUGAAAAAGACAUACCCCCUCCCCAAGACCCCAGUGAGGAAUGGGUGGAUUAUGUGGACUCCUUGGGCCGAUCCCGGCGCUGCAUGAGAAAGGAUUUACCAGAUCUUUUGGAGAUGGAUAAAAAUCUUCAGGGAAGACUUUUUGUUAGUCCUGUUAAUGAAAAAACUUUGUUAUCUGAAGACAUGAGGAAAGAACUUCAACGCCAGCAGUGGGAGGAAGAAGAGCGGGAGGCCCUGAAAAAGCCAAUGGGGCCCAUCCAUUAUGAAGACAUUCGGGAAAAUGAGGCCCGGCAACUUGGUGUUGGGUAUUUUGCCUUUGCCCGAGACAAAGAGUUGAGAAACAAGCAAAUGAAAAUUUUAGAGAUGCUUCGUGAGCAGACAACAGAUCAGAGAAUAAAACGGGAAAACAUAAAGGAAAAGCGAAAGGCUAUAUUAGAAGCAAGACUUGCCAAGCUUCGACAAAAAAAGAUUAAAAAAUCAAACGACGGGACUGAAGAAGAAAGCAGAGCAGAUGGAGAUGUCAUUGAGCCAUCAGAACCAAAGGCUGUACCUGUUCCACCGCCUGUGGCCCAGAACAGCAAGGUGGAAGUCAUCAUCCAGGAGAGGAAGGACACCAAGCCUGGAGUGCCACACAUCCGAGAGUGGGACCGAGGAAAAGAAUUUUCCUUUGGAUACUGGUCGAAGAAGCAGUCAGAACUCCGUGCUGAGCGAGAUCCUGAGUUUGCUCCACCUUCCAAUUACUUUGUGGGUCAAAAGAGAACUGGUCCUAUCAGUAGCCAGCCUUGGAGCAGACCGGGAUCAGCGCCGAGUGACUUGGGGCAUUGCUCUAGCCAGAGCCAGGAUUCCACCUCUUCACACACAUCUACUCCUGCCUCUGCAAGCCCACCACAAGCACCUCCAGUUACUUUCCAAACACUAGAUGAUAUGAUAUCUUACUAUAAACAAGUUUCAUGACCUUGAAAAGCAUGCUGGUUGCAUUUGUGCCAUAGAAAUCAGGACAGGACUGAGCUUUACUUCUUUCUUCAUGUUCUUUCUCUAAGAUUCACAGGCUUGAAGCCAGAUUAGUUUACAGGGAGGAGGAGUUAGUUACCAAUGGGAGCUCAUGGGCUAAUUGGCUUUUCACUUUUUAAAAAUCACUCGGUAUAGAGGGAAUGUCUCCUCCCCUCCUGCUGACCAGUUGUAACUCAUUUGGAUUUCUAGGUCUGUGAACUGUAAAAACUAAUCUGUGAAAUUUGACACUGCGGGACUUGUUUCAUUUUUAGAUUAUUUUAUAUAUGUGAACGUUUUGUCUUCUUGUAUAUAUGUGUGCCACGUGUGUGCUUGGUACCCAAGGUCAGAAGAGAGCAUUGAAUACCCUACAACUGGUUAUGGUGAUUGUGAGCCACUGUGUGGGUGCUGGGAACUGAACCUUGAUCUUCUACAAGAGUAGCCAGUUCUCUUAACUACUGGCUCAUCUCUCCAUGCCCUGCUGAGGAUCUUGUAGCUCUGCUUUACGAACAUACCUAUUUAUGACUUCACUUUUAGGGCUUCAUUCUUUCCCUUUCAGAAGUGCUAGCAUGUAGGUGUCUACUCCACAGAUUCAACUUCCCAGGCAGGUGAUGGAGCAAAAUCAAGGGAGGAGUUUCUACCUGCCCAGCAGACAAAUGAGGGCCUACUAUAGGAGGCAAAAAGUGGAAAGAGGAAGCUGAUGGAAAACUAAGCAAUCACAUCUGAAGCCAUAAGGUCUGGGAAGAACACCUGCAGUUCAGAGGUAGUAGCUGAUUGUUGAUCUGUCAUUGUUUCAUCCAGUUACCUAUAUCUCGGUCUUCUUUGGACAUCUGGAGUUGUGCCGAAUCAUUUGGGUGUUCCCGAAGGCUGCUGAGCCUCGUUAAAAGCCAGUACUCCCUAUUUGACCAAUCAGAGCUCUGACCUUGUCUUGGCCUUCUGCCUCUGUGCCUCCUGGUGCUCCCCAUUGCUUGAGACUUACUGAGCCUGAGUGGGUCAGACUUGGAUCCCAUGGUGCAGAGCAGGUAGGUCCCUGCCUAGGUCCUUAUUGAGCAGGGCAAACUUACCU